UAAAUAGUUUGAGACAAAUUUGUAUAAUGGUUCAAUUUAAAAAGAGAGAGAAAAAGGGGCGCCGACAAAGCCCAAUUGGCAAAGUUCAAAAAAGCAGUGAAGAAACAUGACCAUCCAUGGCAAUAUCUCUGCAAAAAGUGACAAACUUUCCCUUUUCUCAUAAUUCCCUGCAUAGUGAAACAACUCAUCAGAUUCAAGAGUUUAAGCAAAGCAACAAUUUUUCAUCUCUUUGAUAGUGAAGAAGAACAUAUACACUCCAUUUGUAAGUAUGCUACUACUGUCACUUUUAGUAGCAUUCGCACUCUUUUCUCCAACCCCAUUUGUCCAUUCUCACUACAACUGGUCACCUUCUUCUUCCUCCACCUCCAAUUUUCAGUCCGAGUGGCGUCCUGCACGCGCCACCUAUUACGCCGCCGCGGACCCACGUGACGUUGUGGGUGGCGCCUGUGGAUAUGGGGAUUUGGAGAGAAAUGGGUAUGGAAAAGCUACAGCUGGGUUAAGUACUGUGCUUUUUGACAAGGGUCAGAUCUGUGGUGCUUGUUAUGAAGUGAGGUGUGUGGAGGAUCUGCGGUGGUGCAUUCCGGGUACUUCUAUAAUUGUUACAGCCACUAAUUUUUGUGCACCAAAUUAUGGGUUUGAUCUAGAUGGUGGUGGUCACUGUAAUCCACCUAAUGCCCAUUUUGUGCUACCCAUUGAGGCUUUUGAGAAGAUUGCCAUUUGGAAAGCUUCUAAUAUGCCCAUUCAAUACCGCAGGAUAAAGUGCAGAAAGGAAGGUGGAGUUCGAUUCACUCUUGGUGGCUCUGGUAUAUUCUUGUCAGUUCUAAUCAGUAAUGUUGCAGGUUCGGGUGAUAUAGUGGCAGUAAAAGUUAAGGGUUCAAGAACAGGCUGGCUUCCUAUGGGUAGGAACUGGGGCCAAAACUGGCACAUUAAUGCUGACUUAAAGAAUCAGCCGCUUUCUUUUGAGAUGACUAGUGGUGAUGGGGCCACCUUAACAUCUUACAAUGUAGCUCCCAAGAAUUGGAAUUUUGGUCAGACCUUUGAAGGCAAGCAGUUUGGGUCUUAGACUCAUGCCAAAAUUGUAUCUAUUGCUCAUCUUUUGUUUUGGAUUGCUCAAGAUUGGCUAGCAAUGUUGGGACAUUUUUGUUCGAGUUCAUGUUGGACAAGUGACCACCUGAUUUAGUUGUUGCAGAGCAAAGCUUUGCGAUUGUGCUGUAUGUUGUUGUUCACUCAAUCCUUGUGAACUUGAAUGUAACCAGAGAAGAAACUUGCCACUUGCAAGGCAAUUUUAUCAAGCAAUUGUUUUGCCAGUCAAAUGUUGCAGAACCUGAAUCAAAGUUGUUAGAACUGUUGAUUUGUAGAUUAAGAAUGUUCCUUUUUGAAUCUGAUGAAAUUUAUGAACUCAUCAAAAGGAGACAAAUAUUUCCUUGUUAUUGUAGAUUUUUUUGUCAAACGAUCAAAACAUUAUCCUUA